AUGAGCGCCACGUCGGACACCAUGCAUCGCCUCAAACACCUCCGCUUCACCGACGUCAGCGUGAGGAUGGAUGACACCAAAGCCGCCGUCACCGUGCUCGCCGAUGACCUCAGGACUCUCCGCAUGUCAUGCCGUUGGUAUAGCAAGACUGAAUCGCCAUCGAGCCGCUGUUGUUCUUGUGUCAAUCGGGCGUCAUGUACCGUGUUCACCAAAUACUCGUUGUUACGCUUACGCGCGCCCAAAGUGGCGGUGUUCGAAUGGCGAUGUUGCUAUGCCGACGAGGUGCGCAUUGAGGCCGUGGGCCGCCUCUCCGAUGUCGCCAUCGAGGUUGACGCCUGUAGGACGCGCACGUCGACUCCGAUUGGCACGGAACCCAAGUACGUGACAAUACAACAACGUGACAAACUUGUGACCGACAUCCUUCAAGGGCUUAUGCCUGGUCUGCAGCCACGCACUUGGAAAGAUGUUACGAGGGCCGACAGGUCAAGCCGGCCCAUAGAAGACCACACCUCUCGGCUGUGGUGGCAGGCAGCGGUACCUGUCGGCUUCUGGUGGCAGGUACCAGUCCGACAGGUGACGUCAUCCCUAAAGCAAGUACACUGUGCAAUCCAUGGUCACGGACAUGAUUCAACAGCAGCAGGACCUAUGCUGCAUGUCGAAGGCCGACGCGCAUCCACGGCGCCGCCGUCAGCGCCCUUCGGGGACACGGUGGUGCGCGAGGACUUCCCGCUCGCCACCACCGUGUUCCCGUCGCUGGAGGACCUACACAUUGGCGAGUGCACGCUCGCUGCCAGUAUGAGCGUCACGUCAGACACCAUGCCUCGCCUCAAACACCUCCGCUUCACCGACGUCACCGUGAGGACGGAUGACACCAAAGCCGCCGUCACCGUGCUCGCCGAUGACCUCAGGACUCUCCGCAUGUCAUGCCGUUGGUACAGCAAGACUGAAUCGCCAUCGGAGCCACUGUUGUUCUUGUGUCACUCGGGCGUCACAGCCGUGUUCACCAAAUACUCGUUGUUCCGCUUACGCGCACCCAAGCUGGCGGUGUUCGAGUGGCGAUGCUGCUAUGCUGACGAGGUGCGCAUUGAGGCCGUGGGCCGCCUAUCCGAGGUCGCCAUCGAGGUUGACGGCGGUAGGACGCGCACGCCGACUCCGAUUGGCACGGAGCCCAAGUACGUGACAAUACAACAACGUGACAAACUUGUGACCGACAUCCUUCAAGGGCUUAUGCCUGGGCUGCAGCCACGCACUUGGAAAGAUGUUACGAGAGUCAAAUACCCCCACGUGGGCAAGGAGUUCUUACCUGAGGCGGACGCCAGCGCCUGGUCCCUCCAGCUGCCGCCCGCUACGGUCGAGCAGCAGGUGCUGCCGUUCUGGUACGCCGACACGGUGGUGCGCGAGGACUUCCCGCUCGCCGCCACCGUGUUCCCAUCGCUGGAGGACCUGCACAUCGGCGAGUGCACGCUCGCUGCCAGUAUGAGCGUCACGUCGGACACCAUGCCUCGCCUCAAACACCUCCGCUUCAUCGACAUCAGCGUGAGGACGGAUUACACCAAAGCCGCCGUCACCGUGCUCGCCGACGACCUCAGGACUCUCCGCAUGUCAUGCCGUUGGUACAGCAAGACUGAAUCUCCAUCGGAGCCGCUGUUGUUCUUGUGUCACUCGGGCGUCACAGCCAUGUUCACCAAAUACUCAUUGUUCCGCUUAAGCGCACCCAAGCUGGCGGUGUUCGAGUGGCGAUGCUGCUAUGCUGACGAGGUGUGCAUUGAGGCCGUGGGCCGCAUCUCCGAUGUCGCCAUCGACGUUGACGCCGGUAGGACGCGCUCGCCCACUCCGAUUGGCACGGAACCCAAGUACGUGACAAUACAACAAUGUGACAAACUUUUGACCGACAUCCUUCAAGGGCUUAUGCCAGGGCUGCAGCCGUGCACUUGGAAAGAUGUGACGAGGUAUGUAUAUACUCGACUUUAA